CGCAAACCAAAAGCUCUGACUGAGCCUUUCUGUGUUUGUCCCCGUUAGAUAACGGUGAUAUAGCGGCAGUGGCGGCGGCAGUGGCGGAUACAGCGACGGUGGUACCGGCGCCGGUGACCGUGGCGGUGCCAGGCCGCCAUGCUGGGGGAGGCGGGCGGAGGAGGGGCCGGCGACAGAACCCGCACCGUUCUGCAGCUAGCUCCGCCCGCAGCCCGCCACCAGCCGGGGCAGGGAUGGACAGAGACGGACCGCGUCCACUGGAUGAAAAGGUUUUUGAAUGGUGAAUACGACCGAUGGAUAUCGACGAAACGUCAACUGAAAGUGGAAGAGGACCAUGUUAUCGUUAGAGUUCUGCUCGACUUCUUCCAGUUACAUGGAGGUCUUGACUGGUACACAUCGAAUAACAACGGCUCCCUGACGAGCUAUCCAAGUCUUAAACGAGACGUCCCGCCUACUGGCCGGUCAGCUGAGGAGAGUGACAGCCCGCACAAUAACCGGUCAUUGGAGCGGGAUGAAGUCACACUCAUUGACCGGUCGACGGAGCAGGAUGACCACUUCUCCGCGGAAGAUACCGGGUGUGAUUCGCGACUCUCUGAGCCAGAUGACCCGGAAGAACCCCCGCCACCGAAGGAACGAUCUCGCCCCGUCGUCAACGGCAGGUUAACAAGCCUACAGAACAGUCGUCAGCAGGAGACGCUGAUAAAGGGCAGGAGCCCUCCACGUCCACCGGCGGUGCCGUCUGCUGAGGUGGCUGAGGAGCGACCUCCUCCUGACCUGCCACCCGUCGACGGGCAGCUGAUGCCCCUCUUCUGCUGCGGUCUGUGCGGCGCCGGAGAUUUCCCCACUCUCGCCGCACACUUGGAGCACCUCUGGAGGGCGCACACUGAGCUACGGAUGCUGGGCAGCGCUCAGCGGCGGCGCGUGCCGCUCAAGCUGCGACCGCACAUGUUUGUGCUGUGUGCGCUGUGCGGGCUGAACAACCGCAGCACGAGCACGGCAGGCGCGGCGGACCGGCACCUGACGCGCGCCCACCUGCCGGCCAGACACCGGCGAGCCCUGGCGGCCGCCACCGCCGGCCCCUCCCGGUAUGUCUGUGAUGACUGUGAGAUGGAGUGCCCCAGUCGGGCAGAGCUGGCCGUGCAUGUGUUGGAUGCGGGUCACGGCUGUGUCGGGUUUGUGUGUGAACUGUGCGGCGAGGAGGGGGAAGGAGAGGCAAAUGCGGCGCACCACCGUCUGUGGCACAAUGCCACGCUGCCGUUCCAAUGCUACCUCUGCGCUGAGCGGUUUGCUGCUGAGCCCGAGUGUGUGGUUCAUGUUCGCGCCGAGCACUCGGCGAGCUUCAACAUACACCGGUGUGCGCGUUGUCCGUACGCCACAUCCACCGUGGGCCAGUUCGUGGCGCACGCGCGCUCGCACGUGGGACUCAACACGUGCGUAUGCCACGAGUGCGGCGUCACAUUUCAGACGACUCAGUCGCUGCGGCGUCAUCUGAUGACGCACGCGCGCAGUGAGUUCCGCUGUCGUCAUUGUGACAAGACGUUCCGCCACCCACUACCACUGGAGAGGCACGAGCGCAGCCAGCACGAUCGGCCCGACGACCACAAGUGCUCCACAUGCGGUAAGCUGUUUUCGUCUCGCUAUCAUCUGGAGAGGCACGUGCUGAUCCACUCCGGACGCCGACCGCACCAGUGUGACAGGUGUGGCCGCGGAUUUGUACAGAAAGGGGAUCUGGCGCGACACGUGCGCAAGUGCCGAGUGGGCGAGCCGGGAGAGCCGCUGGCUUUGCAGCCGCCGCUGAAGGUGGCGGCUGUGCCGGCCGUGUGCCCGCCCCCGCCCUUGGCGCCACCGCCGCCGCCAAUAGCGCCGCCAGUGACGGUACUGGCACCGAUGCCGCCUCCUCCCCCUCAGCAGCAGUCGGUUUUACUGCACGUGUCGCAACCGCCUGUGGUGAUGCCGCUGCCCGCUCAGGGGGCUGGAUAGAUCCCCAAGGAACUGAAUGGGCCCUCAGUGAGCUGGAUAGGCUGUCAGGAAAGGAUGUCGAAUCCAAUGUUAGGUCGGUAUGUAGGCACUUUGCCGGCGCCACGUACAUUGUUAGCAUUGUUAGUUGACGGUUGUGUGUUGGAUUGAUGAGCUGCUGAAGGAUUUGUCUCCAUAAUAUUCACGUAACGUUCGUAGGAACGUGAAAACCGUAACCAUAAAUGUUCUCCAUAAGAAUAGCAGAACAACUGUAAACGCACUGGUAAAUGUAGUUUCAGCAGCGCAUUUGUCGCUGUUUGAAUAAUCAUGUCGGUGAUCCUCUUUAAGAUCAUGGCUCCAUACACCUCGCGAUUUUUCCCGCGAAAUACAGCCACUCUAUACCUACCAGUAAAACGCCUUUUGGGCGAAGAACGAGC